UUCUAUCAACACGUAACAUCGAGCCAGCUUAGAUUUUAAUAUGGAAUCAGUCAUUUUAAGAGUACAGUAUGCGCAAAGUGUGUGUAAAAGCCUAGUCCUCUGCAUUUCUGUCUCCCCUCUAAUCUUACGCUUGGUCUGACGGUCCCACGUGCAGAACAGGAGCAACUUUACGUCGCAUGUGGUUCAACUGUACGCCAUGAAUUUAUAUCAAUAACCAGCCUAAAGUGUGGCUAAUUCUCCAAAAUGUUAUUUGAAAAAGACUUGCCAUGGCGGCAACUGGAGGGCAUGUCGUUUGGCAUGUACUCUGCCGAAGAGAUAAGGAAGCUGAGUGUGAAGGUGAUCACUAACUUCAGGCUCCUCGAUGGUGUUGGGAACGUGGCCCCGAACAGCCUGUACGAUCUGGCCCUCGGACCAGCAGACAACAAAGAGGUGUGUUCAACCUGCUGUCAGGACUUCAACAACUGUCCAGGACACCUGGGACAUGUAGAGCUACCUCUACCUGUGUACAACCCGCUGUUCUUUGAUAAACUCUACCUGUUUAUUCGUGGUUCCUGUCUUGCUUGUCACAUGUUAACGUGUCGUAGAGCUGCCAUCCACCUGCUGCUGAACCAGCUGAGGUUAUUGGGCCAUGGGGCCAUGCAGGAGGUCUACCAAAUAGAUCAAGUUCUCAACCAGCACCUGGAAGAGAAUCCCAAAGCCAGUGGAGAUGAGAUCCAGCUGGUGCUGAAGCAGUUUACAGACACGAUAGUUGGAGUGAACACUGAGGGUUCAGAAAACACCAAACCGAUCAAGCACCUUGUGGAAAAGAAGAACAGUUUGAUCAACGACUUCUGGAGGAUCCACAUGAAAUCUAGGAAGUGCCCUUACUGCAGGAGCGGCAAGAUUACAGUGCGCCGUGAACACAACAGUAAGCUGAUUGUCACAAUGCCAUCAGGAGUGCAGACCAGUGCCGACACUGAUGCAGACGAACUGAUGGCUGGAAGGAGAGUCUACCUGACGGCUAGCACUGCUAGAGAGCACAUCAACAAACUGUGGGGGAAAGAAGGCUUCUUCUUGAAGUGUCUGUUCGCUGGGCUGGAGGAGGGGACGAUGUCGAGGGAGGGAGAGGAAGGUUUCUAUCCAGAUCUCUUCUUCCUGGAGCUGAUGGUGGUCCCUCCGUGCAGGUAUCGUCCAAUUAAUCGACUGGGCGACCAGAUGUUUACAAACGGUCAGACGGUCAACAUGCAGGCCGUCAUGAAGGACUGUGGACUUAUAAGGAAACUUCUGGCUCUCAUAGCAGGGGAGAAAACUGUGCAGGAGGAGGAGGCUCCUGAACAGACGGAACAGACGGACCAGACGGAACAGAAGGACCAGACGGAACAGAAGGACCAGACGGAACAGACGGACCAGACGUUUUUGAUAAAUAUCCCCGGAGUGACUGUAACGGAUAAACUCUACAACAUCUGGGUGCGACUACAGACCCACGUCAACAUCGUCUUUGACAGCGACAUGGACAAAAUGCUGACGGAGAAAUACCCUGGAAUCAGACAGAUCUUGGAGAAGAAGGACGGAUUGUUCCGCAAACACAUGAUGGGGAAACGAGUGGACUACGCUGCACGAUCUGUCAUCUGUCCAGACAUGUACAUAGAGACCAACGAGAUUGGCCUACCCAUGGUGUUUGCCACCAAGCUGACCUAUCCGCAGCCCGUCACCCCGUGGAACGUGAAGGAGCUUCGUCAGGCCGUCCUCAACGGACCCAACGUCCACCCCGGUGCGUCCAUGGUGAUAAAUGAGGAUGGUAGGAAAACCAUCCUGUCGCCCACCAGCCUUGCACAGAGAGAAGCCGUUGCCAAGCAACUGCUGACGCCCUGUCCCGGUCCACAUACGAUGUCCAUGAAGAUAGUGAAGCGUCAUAUAAAGAACGGAGAUGUUUUGUUACUCAACAGACAGCCAACUCUGCACAGACCCUCCAUACAAGCCCACUGUGCACGCAUCUUACCAGGAGAGAAGGUACUAAGGCUCCACUAUGCCAACUGCAAGGCGUACAACGCUGACUUUGAUGGAGAUGAGAUGAACGCGCACUUCCCUCAAAGUGAGCUGGGCAGAGCAGAGGCCUACACGUUAGUCAGCACUGACCAGCAGUACCUCGUCCCCAAGGAUGGUAAACCUCUAGCGGGUCUGAUCCAGGACCACAUGGUGUCCGGUACGAGGAUGACGAUACGAGGCUGUUUCUUCACCCGAGUCCAGUACAUUGAGUUGGUGUACAGAGGACUCACUGACAAACCAGGCAGAGUUACACUGCUGCUGCCGGCCAUACUCAAACCACAGCAACUCUGGACAGGAAAGCAGGUGGUGUCGACGCUCCUGCUGAAUGUAAUCCCACAGAAUGCUGUGCCUCUCAACCUGAAUGGCAAAUCCAAAAUCCCCAGCAAAGCUUGGAUCCAAGUCCCACCACGAGCUGCUCCAGGAUACAACCCUGACAGCAUGUGUGACUCACGGGUGGUGAUUCGUCAGGGGGAGCUGUUGGUGGGGGUUCUGGACAAAGCCCACUACGGCUCGUCAGCCUACGGUCUGGUCCACUGCUGCUAUGAGCUGUACGGAGGGCAGACCAGUGGCAAGCUGCUCAGCUGUCUGGCUCGACUCUUCACUGCUUACCUGCAGCUGUACAGAGGCUUCACUUUGGGUGUGGAAGACAUCCUGGUGAAACCAGCCGCCAACAGGCAGAGGAAAAAAAUCAUUGAAGAAUCUCUGCAGAUUGGCACCAGAGCCCUCCAGGCAGCCUUCAACCUGCCCGCCAAUGUGGAUCAAGAUGAGGCCCGGAGCCGCUGGCAGGAUGCUCACCUCAACCCGGACCAGAAAGACUUCAGCAUGGCCGACCACAAGUUCAAAGAAGUGGCCAACCAAGUGAACAACCACAUCAACAAGGUGUGCAUGCCCGGCGGACUCCACACGUCUUUCCCAGACAACAACCUCCAACUGAUGGUCCAGUCAGGAGCCAAAGGAUCGACUGUAAACACCAUGCAGAUUUCAUGUCUACUGGGCCAGAUCGAGUUGGAGGGCCGCAGGCCUCCACUGAUGCCUUCUGGGAAGUCCUUGCCGUGCUUCCAGCCAUAUGACCCCGCCCCCAGUGCUGGGGGCUUCAUUUCUGGAAGGUUUCUCACGGGCAUCAAACCACAGGAGUUUUUCUUCCACUGUAUGGCCGGCAGAGAGGGACUGGUCGACACAGCUGUGAAAACAUCCAGAUCAGGAUACCUGCAGAGAUGUGUCAUAAAGCAUCUGGAGGGCCUGGUAGUGCAGUACGAUCUGACAGUGAGGGACAGUGAUGGCUCCGUGGUCCAGUUCCUGUACGGCGAAGACGGACUGGAUAUCCCCAAGACUCCGUUCCUGCAUCAAAAGCAGUUCCCUUUCAUAGAGGACAACUACGAGGUAAAAACAGAGCAAAGCGCAGGCACAGUGUUGUUUCUGUGAACGCGCCAUAAAUAAUUACACACACAUUAAUAAUGCUGAUGCUAUUUAAAUGCAUUUUGUCAUAUUUUUCUGUCUGUGUGUAAUGGGGGCAUCUGUUUUUGGAUUUCCUGGGAGCACCUUGAUAAGUGCAUGUUAUUAGGUCAAACAAUGAAAGCCUUCUGAUUACCUGGAACUGCAGCAGAGGUUUAAAACACGGCUGCACCUUUGGAAGUAGCUGUUGGCAGCUCCUGUAAUGUACCCAUGAAUGUACAGACAACCAUCACUGGAGUAUUUCGAUAAUGCAGUAAAAGUAUACUGCAGAAUAAGAAGCAUCUUUUUUUCUAUGAUUUCUAAGUUGAUUUCUGGAUGUUUAUUCACAUUGGUGUUUAUGGUUUCUUUGUCCUAAGUCAGAUGUAACAUGUAACUGGGGAAGAUGUGACACCGUUUUAAUAUAUGUACAUACAUUUUACAUUUGACAUGCACAAUGACACAUUGCAGAAGAUUAGAAUUUUUAAAAUGGGUAAAAAUGACCGUAGGCACCUGUUAAACCAGGUGUUGAGGUUUGAAUUAAACCCCGGCUACUGCGAUCAUUUGUUGGUUUUGGGCUUUUUGCAUGACACACUGACCGUAACAUAGUGGGUCAAGGUUAAACCACAGGCCACGUUCAACCACAGCUUGUGAGGAGUGUGAGAAAACACAUGAUUUCUGUUCGAGACAGCAGAGGUUUGAACACGACUUAAACCUUAAAGUGCAGCUCAGCCAAUGACGGAGCAACAGCUCCAUGAGGACUAGUCCACAGUCCACAAUAUAUCAGGAUAUACAGGUGCUGGUCAUAUAAU